AUGGGUGAGCUGGUGGAUUCAGUGCUAACUCCUUUACCACCCAGAUGGCGGAAUUGGGUUGUACGUGGAGUGUUCACAAUAAUCAUGGUUUCAAUGUUCUCAUUCAUAGUGAGCAAAGGACCGACAUGGUUAAUGGCCCUGGUCUUUGCAAUUCAAUUCAAAUGCUUCCAUGAAAUUAUCAGCAUUGGGCUAGCCGUUUACCGCAUGUAUGAUUUCCCAUGGUUCCGUUUACUAUCAUGGUAUUUCCUACUGACCAGCAACUACUUUAUCUUCGGAGAAAGUCUAAUUGAUUACUGGGCCAUUUUGCUGCGAAAAGACAAUUUUCUCCAUUUUCUCAACAGUUAUCACCGACUGAUCAGUUUUGGACUGUACUGUGUUGGAUUUGUAUGGUUCGUUCUUUCGCUAAGGAAGGGCUACUAUAUGCGGCAGUUCUCUCUGUUCGCCUGGACUCAUAUCACACUGCUGUUGAUCGUCUGCCAGUCGUUCUUCAUUAUCCAAAACAUAUUCCAAGGGACCAUUUGGUUCCUAGUCCCAGUUGCAAUGAUCAUCUGCUGUGAUGUAAUGUCCUACAUGUUCGGUUUCUUUUUCGGAAAGACACCGCUCAUCAAAUUAUCACCGAAGAAGACGUGGGAAGGAUUUAUUGGAGGUGCUGUCAGUACCGUCGUAUUCGGAAUUAUGCUCUCCUACUUCCUCUACAAUCGACCAUUCUUCGUUUGCCCAGUUGAAGACUACUACAUUGAUAAUACAAACUGUACAAUUCCGUCGUCAUUCCAAAUGCAACCGUAUUCUCUUCCACGACCAUUUUCAUGGAUUUUCAAAGUUCUCAAACGUGACCCGCAUGUGUACCUCUUUCCAUUCCUUGGUCACGCUAUAGUUAUGGCGUUGUUCGCGAGUAUUCUCGGUCCGUUCGGAGGAUUCUUCGCGAGCGGAUUCAAAAGAGCCUUCAAAAUCAAGGACUUUGGUGAUGUAAUUCCUGGCCACGGAGGGCUGAUGGACCGGUUCGACUGUCAGCUUCUCAUGGGUACAUUUGUCAGUGUGUACAUUCACACUUUCAUUAGAGUACCAAAUCCGGCUAAAUUGGUCACCCAGAUCCUGUGGCUGCAACCAGAAGAUCAGAUUACCGUAUUCAACUCAUUAAAACAUGAACUUAUUCAGUCCGGAUUGUUACAGCCGUCUUGA